CCCGGUUCGGUCAUGUUGGACCACGGUGACUAUUUAUGAACCGGUGCGACUAAAUCACCCCGCUUCUGGAAACCUCGACGCUGCGAAACCCUUUGCGCUCGUUCGCGUGACGGAUCCGCCGCCCCGUUCUGCUCUUCGCUCACCUGCCUAGCUUUUUCCGUCGUCUGUGUAGGGCUUUUGUUUUGGCAUUUAGGACAUAUACCAUGAGAUAAUAAUCAGUUCUUCUAUUAGAUGAUGAUAGUAACUGAGGUAUUCUUGAAGCUGUAGAGUCCUGUUCUGGAGCUUGGUUUUGAUGGCGGAACACUUGGCUUCAAUCUUUGGCACAGAAAAGGACAGGGUGAACUGCCCGUUUUAUUUCAAAAUUGGAGCUUGCAGGCAUGGGGAUAGGUGCUCACGGCUCCACAACCGCCCCACUAUAUCACCAACCCUACUGCUGUCCAAUAUGUAUCAUCGACCUGACAUGAUUACUCCAGGCGUUGAUGCUCAGGGCCAGCCAAUUGAUCCACAAAAGAUCCAAGAGCACUUUGAGGACUUUUAUGAGGACAUUUUUGAGGAGCUUUACAAGUUUGGUGAGGUUGAGAGUCUUAAUGUAUGUGACAACCUUGCUGACCAUAUGAUUGGAAAUGUCUAUGUUCAAUAUAGGGAAGAGGAUCAAGCAGCUGCUGCUAUGAGGGCCUUACAGGGACGAUUCUACUCAGGACGCCCUAUAAUCGUCGAUUUCUCUCCCGUCACAGACUUUAGGGAAGCCACUUGCCGACAGUUUGAAGAAAAUAGUUGCAACCGUGGUGGAUAUUGCAAUUUUAUGCAUGUGAAGCAAAUUGGUAGGGAACUGCGCAGGAAAUUAUUUAGUCGGUAUCGAAGAACAGGCAUGCGAAGAAGUAGAAGCCGCAGUCAUAGUCCAAGCCCAUACUAUAAGAAGAAUUCACGUGACUUUGAUCGUGGUGAUUUUCGUGAUCGAGGAGAUUAUCGGGACGGUGGGCAGAGGAGGGGGGACAGACAUGGAAGCUUUGAAAGAGAUGGAGGAAGGCGGAGACAUGGAAGUCCAAGACGCAUAAAGAGUCCAGUAAGGGAAGGAAGCGAGGAACGAAGAGCUAAGAUUGAGCGAUGGAACCGGGAAAGGGAGGAGAAACAAGGGUGAGACAAUGUGGACUUUGCUUAUUGCUACUCGAAUGCUUAAAUGAUGGCUGGUUGAGGUUUUUGUUGGGGGUUUUUCUUCUUCUUCUUAUAGAUUAGAAGCUAUCCAGCCACUUCAUUGAACUUCUUGAACAUCAACAAUUUCAUCUUUAUGUGCUUUUGUGAUAUGCUAUCGAACCUUGUAGCCUGUUACAUCUUAUUCAUAUUUUCAUGGUUCUCUUUUGUGCUGUA